UCUUCAUUCAUUCCUUUAUCUUCCUGUCCUUUUAAUUAUCUAUCCUUGUUCUAUAGGUAUAAAUACUUUAAACUUUGGCAUUAACAUUCAGUGACACGUCCACAGAAGACUACGUUCUUAAGUCUAAGAAACUAGUCCAGCAAGAUGUUCUCAUUCCCACGUGUUGCUCAGAUCACUCUGCUGAGUACUGCACUGACCCUUGUAGCGGGCAGAAUACUAUCAGGCUCGGCUGGGUCAUCUCGAGGCCUGCUCACUCUGGACGAGGUCAUUACGACCUAUACAGGGAGGAGCUCCCUGGAUUACAAUGAAUACGGGUGCUACUGUGGGUUGGGCGGAGGAGGCACACCCGUGGAUGCAGUAGACAGAUGUUGCCAGGCACAUGACCGUUGCUAUGGAGAAACUAGCUGUUGGAUUACACAUAUUACCUGGACAGAAAUCUACUGUGCUGCUGGGUACUGCGUGUGCUUAGAUCCUGUCGGUACGUGCGAGCACGAGGCUUGCUCCUGUGACGUCGAGUUUGGGGAAUGUUUACAGAGAGCUCACUACAAUCCUGCACACAAAAACUAUUGCCCCUAAUUAACAACACAUGGGGUCUCAGGGAAAUAAAGACUAAGACUGCUAUA